AUGUCGAACACAGCUGUUAACGCCGUCUCAUCUGACAGUCUGAACAUUCCUCUCAUCGACUUUAGCUCAUUCAUAUCUGGAGAUGAGGCCAACAUAAGAUCAACUGCUCAGCAAAUACUGUCUGGCUUCCAGAACGCUGGAUUUAUCUACUUGAAGAACCACCCGAUCACUAAGCCUACAGUCCAAACGACCUUUGACUUAUCAGCCAAGUUCUUCGCCAGGCCUCUGGAGCAGAAAGACGCUCUUUCUUGGACGACUCCAGAAGCGAAUCGCGGCUACUCUGGACAGGGCCGGGAGAAGACGAGCAAUGCCUUCGACAUUGACGACAUUGCAAAGGAACGAGAGCAAGCUGGAGCCGAUCUGAAGGAGUCUUUCGAGAUUGGACGGGAAGGUGUGGAAGGGAUGCCAAAUCACUGGCCGGAUCAGUUCGAUCGAGAUGGCGAGGCGUUCAAGAAGCAUGUGCUUGAGUUCUUCGAGCAGUGCAAGGACCUGCAUGUGCAGAUCAUGCGCUCCAUUGCGGUCGGGCUGGGCAUUGACAGGUCUUGGUUCGAUGGCUACUGCGACGAUGGCGACAAUACGCUGCGCUUACUGCACUACCCUGAAGUGGACGCCAAGGUCUUCAAGCAGAACAAGAACCAAGUACGGGCUGGUGCACACUCUGACUAUGGCUCCAUCACUCUGCUCUUCCAAGACAUGAGAGGCGGUCUCCAGGUGCUCUCACCCAACGGCAACUUCAUCGACGCUACGCCAAUCGAAGACACCAUCGUCGUCAACGCUGGCGAUCUCCUUGCCCGCUGGUCGAACGAUACCAUCAAAAGCACGGAGCAUCGUGUCGUCGAGCCGUCUACCAAAGCCGAUACGCAUCCGCCGCGGUACAGCAUCGCAUACUUCUGCAAUCCGAACUACGAGAGCGUGAUUGAGUCGAUCCCAUCUACCUUUGACGGGCCCCAGGGGAAGAAGUACGAGGCGGUGAAAAGUGGCGACUACCUUGUACAGCGUCUUACUGCGACGUACUAA